GCCAAAUUCUCCAUGAUGUUCAAGAAGAAAAUGUCUGCUAUUUUAGUCCUUCUAUCUUUUGCAGUUGCUGUCCAGAGUCAGCUACCUGCUAACUGUAACAGUCCCUGUCCAGAGGAGUACAUUCCUGUGUGUGGCUCUGAUGGAAGGACUUAUGGGAAUCUUUGUGAGUUGCAGGUGGCAUCAUGUCUGUCUGUUGCAAAAAUAAGUGCAAUUGCAGAAGUUGAAUGCUCAGCACUUACUACUACUACAACCACUAAACCAACAACCACCCCAAAACCUACCACAACCACACCAGCACCAACCACCACAACAACCACAGAACCAACCACAACUACAACAAUCACAGAACCAACCACAACAACAACCACUGAACCAACCACAACUACAACAGCAACAACUACCACAUCCAUCAAACCAUCCACUACAACCAAGGAACCAACAACUACAACCAAAACCACAACCAAGAAAACUACUUCAACCACAUCCAUUGUGCCAACCACUACAACCCGGACUCCAACCACAACCACAUACUUGUCCACAGUCCACAUGAAGACACACCCCACUAAGAAACCUACUUUAACACCAAAUUUUAUGAAAAGCACAAUUAGUUCAACAACAAAAAUGCCUAGCACCACCACCAAGGCCAAGUAUUGUCAGUACAGUCCUUGUUCAUCUUAUGACAAAGAAGUAUGUGGAACAGAUGGAAAGACUUAUAAAUGUCAAAAGAAUUUGGCCUACUGGAACUGUAGAUUUAAUACCCUGGUGGGCAUAGCACAUCAGGGAAGCUGUAGCAGUACCGCCAGGCCUAAUAGUUGUAGCAAUAGACCAUGCAAAUUCUACCAUUCUAAAGUGUGUGGCAGUGAUGGGAAGACUUAUGAAUGUCGAAAUGAAUUUGAUUACCAAAACUGCCUUAAAGGAGGAAUGAUGAAGGUACAGUAUUAUAGUACCUGCCGCUUCACUACAACCAUGAAACCCAUCACUGCUGGACCUGCUGCCAUUGGCCAUGCUGAAGCCUGCAGGAAGUACCUCUAUGGACUAUGUUCUGGCAGAUAUGAUCCCCAUUGUGGUUCAGAUGGAAAAACAUAUACAAGUGAAUGCAGUUUCUACAAAGCCAUUUGUGACACACACAGUAGUUUGCCAGUGGCUUUUAAAGGAAACUUAACUCUGGUUUCCAAAGGAACCUGUCCCAGCACAGCUGUAUUUAACCCAUGUGCUGGGGGAUGCUCCUAUGAAACAAAAAAGUACUGCUCCUCAAAUGGAGGCGUCUACAACAACCAGUGUGAGCUGUACCGUGCCAUGUGUGCAUACAAACAGUAUGGGGUGACUAUCAAGGAAGUGAAAUGCACCUAUGUGGACCCAUGGAUAGGAUAAGGAACGACGCUGGUCAAUGCAAACUAAUAUGAUCACUACAAUAUGAAUUAUUCUGAUUACAUAGUUUUUUUUUUUCUAAAGAGGCUAAACAUGUUUUUUUACCUGUGGGGUAUGCCAUUUCUACCCUUCUUUAAACAAACAUUUUUGUCAUCACUACACACAAGACAUUAACCUAUUUCACAGAAAAUUUUCCUGAUUGCUUGGAGUCAGAAGUACUUCAGCAGUAAAAAUGUGACAGUUACUAUAUAAGGGAGAAAUCGGUUAUAUAAAUCCUAGCAUAUUGAGAAAUAUAAAUUUUAAAAUAUACUUGUUGGGUUUCCCUUAAAACAAUUGCACAGAUAUAUUUGUUUUAAUACUGCAAAAUAAUUCUACAAAACACUUUGUAUAAUGCAAAAUAUUAAAUUUCCAUUCUUAUAAUGUUUGGAGUAAAUCAGCAAUUAAUUGCAACUGUUUUGACUAUUUUGAUUUUUGAAAUGAAAAUAAAUCUACCAUUGCUUCAAGGCAAAAUGUAGCUGCAAGAUUGACAUUUAUCUACUUUUUUUUUCCUUUUUUUUUCGGUGCAUGGGGGUGGGGGAAGUUGAUGAAUGAGUACAGAUUUUGUAUAUAAAUAAAUAUGUACAGUGUAUAUAUUAUACUGGUAUCCUCACUCCUUUCAAGGACUUACAUAUGGGGUUUAUAACCAAUCUUUUCAUUUAUGACCAUCCCAGCUUAGGGAUCUAUCUUAAUAAGAUCUAUCUUAAUAAUCAGCUGCAUUUUGUCCCUCCUUACAUGGAAAGCAUGACAGUCUUAUCACAGAAUUAAUCCUGUUACAUAGGGUCUGUCCACAUGUGUCUGUCCUGUGCAAAAUUUGAA